AUGGAUGGACUGCUGAUCGACUCGGAGGACAAGUACACGGAAGUGACGAACACGAUCCUGCGCGAGAACGGCCGACCCGACCUACCGUGGCACAUCAAGGCGCAGCUGCAGGGCCGGCCGGGCCCGGCGGCGGGCAAGAUCUUCCAAGACUGGGCGCGGCUGGAUAUUUCGCAGGAACGGUUUUUGCAGCGCGUGGGCGAGUUGCAGGCCGUGGCGUUCCAGCACUGCAGGCCGCUCCCGGGCGUGGAGGAUCUGCUGCGCCGGCUGCAGAAUGCAUACAGCGCCGACUCCGAAUCCGAAGCCGAGGGUGACGGGUCGACGACGACGACGACGAGAGUCGGAACAGCACAACAGUCAAUAACGAAAAAGAACAGUAAUAAUGAUAAUGACAACAACAACAGCAACAAACAAAAGGAAAAAGUCCAGUUGGCCCUAGCCACCAGCUCGCAGACCAGAAACUACGAGAUCAAGACGGCCAACCUGCAGGCCCUGUUCAGCGUCUUUCCCGACAGCCAUAAGGUUCUGGGCGACGACCCGCGCAUCCCCAAGGGCCGCGGCAAGCCGUUGCCGGACAUCUAUCUGCUGGCGCUGCAGGCCAUCAACGAUACGGUCGCGGCCGAGGAUCCCGACGCCAGGGUCAUCGAGCCGAGCGAAUGUCUCGUCUUCGAGGACAGUGUGCCCGGUGUCGAGGCCGGGCGCAGGGCAGGCAUGCGCGUCGUCUGGUGUCCUCACCCACAGUUGUUGGACAUCUACCGUGGAAGAGAGGACGAGGUGCUCGCAGGUCGCACCGGCGAACACAAGGAAGACGACAUCGAGCAUGCAGAGGGCAUUCCCAUAGCUGGAAGUCCCGGUCAGGUCGGCGAGAUCGGCGACGGCUGGGCCGAGCUGCUCACCACCCUGGAGGAUUUCGACUAUGCAAAGUACGGCAUGCGACUCGACCACACGCAACCCUCCGACGCCGAGACUGGUCAAUCAACAACGGCCAAUGCCGCCACAUGUACAGACAAGGCCUUGGAAGAAAUGACGGCCAUGGCCGACGGCAAGCACCAUGCUCCUGAGGAGCCGCCGACACGAGCGCUAUCCCAAUGA